UGUUUUUGUUUGUAUUUUUUUUUACAUUCGUAUACACAUACAAAAUCUACGUUCUGUCAAAAUCUAUGUGUUUCGCCUAAAUAUUUAACAAGUCAUUAUCGGUAAACAUUGUCCACUUUUUGACAGUUUUUUUUUAUCAUUUUACACGCUUUUUAUAAAAUUUUCUGCGAAUGGUGAUGUUUUAUAAUGUCUCAACACGGAGCCGCUCUGCAAACAUAUAACCAAGAACUUGUUAAAUGUUUAGAAGAGAUGAAACUAAGGCGAGCAGAGCUCCAAGCUCAAAUAGAAUCUCAAGAAGAAGAGAAAAAUAAUUUGCAACAUGAAAUUGAAAAACUGUCCUGCAAACUUACUCAUUUGAAUGAUAGUCUGGCUAAAAGAAUCACUGUCAGAAAUGAAUAUGACAGAACAAUUGCUGACACUGAGACAGCAUAUAUGAAGAUUUUGGAGAGUUCACAAUUAUUACUUAAUAUGAUCAAAAAAGAAGCUGUAAGUCUGGAUCAGACUUUAGUUAAAGCUAAAAUUGAGAAACAACAGUAUUAAUAAAAAAUGUUAAUGACUUAAAAAAUCUUACAAGAAACCAUAUAUAUCCAGGAAAUGUAUUUAUUAAAUUAUCAAUCAUCACAAGAGUACAAUUACUAAAAAGUACAAAAUUGUGUAGACAUACAAACUUAUAAAAAAAUAACUUUUAGCUUAUGUGAAAUUUUAACUGUAUAAAUGCAGAUACAUAUAUUUAGCAAUUUUA